AUGACCAAGUCACAACCCUCGCUUUCUUCAUAUGCUUGUCGUCCUUGCACUCCUUUGCCUUCCAUAUAUCCAACUUAUCGGUUUGGUACUGUCGAGGAAGACCUCUUUAGAGGCGGUUAUCCAAAAGACCGAAACCAUCGAUUUCUAGCCAGACUUGGACUCAAGACCAUCGUAUCCCUCACUCCUGAACCACUAUCUGAACCUUCCAUACUCAAGUUUGCUGCAUCAAACAACAUCACUUUGGUUCAUAUUCGAGUCGAUAGACCCAAAGAAAACAUUCCCUUGUCCUUUCCAAAGGUUGCUCAGAUCCUGCCUGUCCUUAUUGAUUCAUGCUCGUAUCCUCUGUAUGUACAUUGUCUGGAUGGGUCUUUGGUAACCACUCUAGUGAUCAUGUGUCUACGCAAACUACAGUGUUGGAGU